AUGUCCGGAGAAGAAGAAGAGAACGCGGCUGAGCUCAAAAUCGGAGAUGAGUUUUUGAAGGCAAAGUGCUUGAUGAACUGUGAAGUGUCUUUGAUCCUUGAGCACAAGUAUGAACAGCUUCAGCAGGUCUCUGAGGAUCCUAUGAAUCAAGUUUCUCAAGUGUUUGAGAAGUCCUUGCAGUAUGUGAAGCGGUUUAGCCGCUACAAGAAUCCAGAUGCUGUUAGACAAGUUCGAGAAAUCCUGAGCAGGCAUCAACUUACUGAGUUUGAGCUCUGUGUUCUUGGUAAUCUCUGUCCUGAAACUGCUGAAGAAGCAGUGGCAAUGGUUCCUUCUCUGAAGACAAAAGGAAGAGCUCACAGUGAUGAAGCGAUUGAGAAGAUGCUCAAUGAUCUCUCCCUUGUCAAGAGAUUCGAGUAGUGCAGAAAGCUCUCAAGACCUAAGUUUAUAAACAUAUUUCAGGAUGCUACAUUCUCCUUCUAGCUGAUGAUGUCUAAGAGUUAGUUUUUCAUGUCUAAAAAAGUUAUAAAGCGUUUAUUGUCAGAAUCUCUGGAAUGAUAUAUUUAUGAUAAAUGAAUGUAAUUUACAAUAUGAAUUAAUCUCAAUAGCGC